AGUGGUCAGGGUUUGUUUGCAUCAUGAACUGAUUCACACACCCAACCAUGUCAAAUAUCAUCUUGUACCUGCAAUUCAUAUUUUUCUAACUUCCAUUCUAGAGACAAUUCUUCAAGACAAUAAAUAAAAUAAAGCAUGUGUGUCACAAGCCCAUUCCCAAAAUUUCAUCGUCAUAAUGUUUAUAAGCUUUUGCUUGCAGUAAACCAAUUCAUGCACCAAACCAUGUUAAAAUGUUAAUGAUCAGAUCUUUGUACCGUUGUAACCAUCCAUACCACCAUGUUUCUCAUCACAUCUUUGACAAUAUGUACUUUCACAAGUUAAAUCAUACCUUAAAUAGAACCUUCAAAAAUCUUGUCGUCAUGGUGAAAUUAUGUAUCUACAUUGUAUCUAUGGAUACAGCCCUUCCUGUUCUAUUAAAUUUGGUGCAUCAGUUUUUAAAGCAUGUUGUGCGUGAAUUUUGAAUCUCAUUUCUACUACUCUAUCAGACUCCACCGUCAAUGCAACAACAGCAGCAACAGCAACAGCAGCAGCAACAACAGAGUAAUCAACAACAACAGCAGCAGCAACAGCAGCAGCAACAACAGCAAUCCCAGGCACAGUCUGCCGCUGCUGCUGCAGCCUCAGCAGCAGCCGCGGCAGCAGCAGCAGCUGCAGCAGCCAGGCAGAAGGCAGCCCAACAAGCCCAAGCCCAGGUCCAGGCGCAAGGGUCUGCACCCCAGUCGGCGUCUGUCGCCUCCUCCUCCGCGAGCUUCAGCAACGCACCGACGGUUGCGAGCGCUUCUGCCGCUCAGCAGGCUAUGAUCAACAAACUCACAAAAGAGCUGCAAGCCGCCAAACAACGAGAAUACGUCCUCCAAUCCAGAGUUCCCGUCCCCGGCCAAGGGGUAGGACGAGGGGGCGGCGGUGGGGGUGUAGGUGCACCCAUGAUGCCGGGCGGAGCCAUGCAGCAGGGUGGACAGGGGCAACCCCAGCCACGCAUGCCCCACAUGGGCCAGGUCCGAGGGGCGUCGCAGAUGGGCGUGGCCACCGGUGGACACCAGGUACCGGUCCAGAGCCAGCAGUUGGCUAGCAAUAGUCCCCUCCUCAGAAAUAUCGGACCACAAGGCCAGCCACAACAGAUGCAGUGGCAGCAAUCCGGGCAACCCCAGCAACAGCAGCAGCAGAUGAUGAUGCAGCAACAGCAGCAGCAGCAGGGCGGGGGUAUGGUUCGACCCCAGGGGGGCAUGGGGCAGCCUGGGCAGGGAGGAGGAGGGGGCAUGAUGUCAUCAGAAGAUAUGAGCUUAGUGGAUCUUUUGAGUUCUCGAGAUGGGAAUAACUCGUCACAUAUGUAAUGAGAGAGAGUGAGAGAUUAUAACAAGCAAAUACACCUAUAUAAAGGUUACAGAAAGAAGGAAAGAUAAUGACAGAGAUAUAUAUAUAUAUAUAUAUAUAUGUAUAUGUAUAGCUUGAGAGUGGAGGAAGCUCGGAAGAAGUUCCUUCAUUGAAAAUAAGCGAAAUUGGAGAAGUAACUCUGUAAGAUAUUACUAAAGAGACCUGGUGGGUGUUUCACAAAGAUCCCAAGUUGAAUUUAUCUCUAAGUUGGACUUAACGAUUAUUGAAAGCCGUUUGCAUCUAUGAAAAUAUUUUGUAAAAGUUGU